AUGGAGGUGGAGCCGGCGUCCAACGUAUGGGAGGACGCCCCCGACAACAUCCUCCUCCGCGUUGCCGCCUACCUCCCCUUCCGCCUCGACCGUCUCCGCAUGUCCCUUGUCAGCCCACACUGGCGCCGUGCCUUGUGCGGGCGGGGCCAGGGGCGCCCCCCGCAGCUCCCCCUUCUGCCGCCUCUGCCGCCCGUGCUCCCGUGGCUCGUCUUCCCCAACACCGAGGAGCCUUCCCUCUUCUGCGCCAUCGACCGCAUGAGCUACCCCCUCGGCCUCCCGCGCGACGUCCGCAACGCGCGCUUCUGCGGCUCCUGUGAUGGAGGCUGGCUCGUCCUCGCGCUCGACACGCGCCCCACGCAGUACGCUCUCUACAACCUCUACUUCGGGCAGCGCAUCCCCCUCCCUGGGGGUCUCACCAUCCCUGACGGUGCCGGGAAUGUCCCCUUGGUCUUGUGCGCCGCCACGUUCACAUCCUCGCCGACGUCUCCUGGUCCCAAUGGCUACAUGAUCGGUGCCAUCGUUCUCGUCUGCUCCAAGUGGUGCGCCGCCUUCUGGCGAGAGGGGUUACCCAACUGGAUCACGUCCGAGUCCGAUGACGUGUGGAUGAGGCGGCCGCCGCAGGACGUCAAGUUUGCCGGCGGCGCCUUCUUCUUCGUCACCGCGGACGAGAAAAUCGUCAUGUACGUUCCAACGUUCGCCGGGGACGAGAACCAGUAUGUCAUGAGGCGCUUCGACUGCGACAUGCUGCAGCGCGACGGCUACGCAGACGAUCUUCAAGGCAAUGCCAAGAUAGCGCGGUACCUCGUGGACUCCAGGGGUGUCCUGCACAUGGUCCUCAGGUAUAUCUACAACAACCAAGGGACGACUAGGCUCCGGGUCUUCAAGUACCACGUCCUGCCGCAGGUGGCCGACGACGUGCCCCCCACUGGUACCUGGCUGAGUGUGAGCGAGUUGGAUGGCCAGAUGCUGUUCCUGGGACAAGGCUGCUCCAGAUCCAUCGAGGUCGCGCAGUUCGAGGGGUUCGAGGGCUCCACGAUCUACUUCCCGGAUGACCGCUUCAUCCCCGACCCCGAGCCGACGGUGGACAACAGGAGGUCGUACUCCUUCAUCGACAUGGGCAAGUACUCAUUGCAGGGGGAGCAGGGGGGCGUCCAGCCCUGGCCUCCGGUGGAUCGUCGCCCGGCGAGGUCCGACAAGGCUCCUCCCACUUGGUGGCUCCAUUGA